UCUUUGCUUCGGAACAAAACAAUUAGCAUUAGGCUCGGUCAACUGGAAUGUGUAUUAUCCAUAUGGGAGAUCUUCCAAUCGAGAAGAUCCAUCGAUCUGAGACGAAGAGAAAGGGCCCAUUUUCUUUACUUAUUCAGUGGAUUCGUUAUGGAAACAGAUAGCAACAACCAUUUCAUCAGACAUGCGUAUUUUUUAUUAUCCGGUGGAUUUACACAGUUUCAUUAAUGCAAAUUGUUUGAUGUAGUUAGUACUCAGGUUAUUCGACGCUCAAGAAUUCUUAUUUAGGCAGUUCAUAUCAUCCCAUACAUAGUGUUUUGAUCUAAGAUUGCAAUUCUUCCAUGUUUCCGCAGUAGCAUAUUGUUCCAUGGAGCUAGGGUCCAAAAUAGGAAUCAACAAGUGUUUCCACGACUCUACCGCCCGGCCAAUCCUGUUCCACUGAAUCCCCUCCCUUUUUCAUGGCCACAUAUCUUUACGGCUAAGGAGUGGGAAAUCUUUCUCCUGUUACACAAAUGAAAUGUUUCAUUUCAUCCGGGAAAAGCCACCUCUUUCUCCACAAACAAUGUCUUUGUCAUUUGAUCCAGGAGCCUUCCGUUAGAUAGGAACAGCUUUGCUAAAUACUGAGAACUCUCGGAUAGAGUAUUAGAAUGAAAAGACCAUUAAUUAUAUAAGGAAGAGCCCAGGGUUCUAGCCCAUUCCCAUUCCUAAAUCAAUAAUUCGUAGUGCUUUUGCCUUUCUUGCGUACUCCUGGUGAACCAGUUGCUAGCCAUAUGUUUAGGAGGCUUUUUUCUCCAGGUACUGGUACUAAGCCGCUUUGCCAUCUCUUCAUCUUCAUCUGCAAAGAAUUCUCGACGUGAAAACACAGAGACAAAGGCCUUAUCUUUGAAUAGGAAAAAGAAUGGAUCCGAAGGUCCCAAAUCAAUUGGCUUAUUCGAAAAAAGCCUUCUUCUUUGAAAGAUAUAUCUCGUGUCUGGUACUGCAUUGUUCCACUCUGCAAGAAGUCCGAAUCAGUCUCUUGCACCUCCCCCUUUUUAUGAUAAAUAUACCAUAAAUAAUUCGAAUAAAUAGCAGUCUCUGACAACUCAUCCUCUUUAAUCUGCUUGGACCCGCUCCAAUACCCAUAGGAAAAUCCCCAGUCAUAUUCAGCGUACCUGUCCCUGCAAUCAAAUAGAUUGUCCCAAGGGCCCCACCCAUAUUCUAGGAGCCCAAGUUAUGCUAUUGAAAAUUCGUUCCUCUAGCAGUUCCGGUUUGACCAUUCCGUUCCCUUUUUCAAACUCCACUUCUUUUCAUAUAGCAUCCCUAAUCAAAGAGAGAACAAUAUCCAUUUCAAAACAUUUCUAACGGAUUCCUUUCCUUGGUUCGGACCGACGAAGUAAUGGCACUCGAUUAUUAUCAACCCGACUGCAAUCUUUUUCUGUCGGUAAGGAUUGCACCAGAGCACCUUCAACUUCAAAUAGAACAGGAACAGGACUUCUUUGUCACAGCGUGCUCAUGCUUGCUUCUGAGCUGACUAACGAACCUAUGACUGCGGCAGCAAUGGAUCUCGACUCCAUCCAUACCGCUCUUCCUCAGCGCACGCGCCUGUGCUAUGGAAUCGAUUCAUCCCAAUGGUUUGGAGCAGAGAGACUCAUCCACAAGAUUGAUGAGGGACAAGCCGCCUUUGUAGAACAACCUACACUACAGCUUCUCAUAGGCCAAGGUAGAGGUUGACCAACACCAGCCCGCCCGCUUUGCUUUUCAGUGAAAGAAAGUCCUCAUUCCUCUGCUCUGGACAAAGAUGACAUUCUAGGUGCCUCGAGCGUGAAACAAUCCAUUAGGACGUAGCCCUGCUACAAGAAAGGUGCCAGACUUAGCCAGGUCUAGACUUCGACUUCUAAAAAGAGAAAGCCACUCACUCAAAAAAGAGGAGGAAGCGGGACUGACCUCUGUUCGAGAAUAGAAUAUAGCAAGGAAUCGAGGAAAUCUGUCUUAUGGAGGAAUGUUGAAGACGGACAACCCAACUAGGAGAGUACAUGAAUCAGGAAUCUUGCUUAGAUCCAAUCCAUUACGACGAGAUUCUACCAUUCGGGCUUCAUCUUGUGCUAUUCCUAGGGAAUUAGUGAUUCAUUGAGAACAUGAAAACAUUGCGAUAGUGAAGAUACCAUACCACUCUCUUUCACCACAGCAUUGCUGUUUAUUUCCUUAGAAAAAGUAGGUGUUUAUUUCCUUAGAAAAACAAGACUAGACUAGACGGAACAACAUACAUAGCCUAGGCAUAUCUGGGGUGGGGCUUCUCUUCACUUUUUACAGAGGCUAGAGCCGAACCUUUAGGAAGAGCGAUAUUGAUCUAGUAAAGUAAGUGAUCUAGGCUCGAUUCCAUUCCCCUUUCUCUAGUAUCGAUUCCAUCUUAAGGUGGUGCUACCCGCUUCAAAAACCCGUUCUGCCAAUCUAUACUUGAGUUCGUUCCCUUGCACUUCACAAGGAACUAGUACUAGUCAGCUCAGGCUAAAAGAUACACAUUCAAGCUGGGAGCAUGGAAAGCUUAUCCUUGCCAAUGCUUCUCACGGGGCUGGACUAGUAUUUCUGCUGUUGGUAUCUUUUCUGCUCUGCUGAAGUGAACAUAUACUAACAAGGGUGUCAACCUAUGGCCAGUAUCAAGUGCCAGUGCCGCAGAGAAGUGCUUAACCUUUUAUCCCGAGCUUUGGACAGAACCGCUUUCCUAGCAGCAAGGGCUUUAUUGACCACUGAACAGAUUCGCUAUUCGCAGGCUUUCUUCCUUCCGCUCAUGGAAGCACUCAUGCAUCCACUUCACUUGCUAAUUCAGCCGUUGACCCUACCUCAGCCCAAGGCAAAGAAGAAUAUUACGUACGAGGACUACGAUUCGUUCCACAUUAGUGAGCCCUGUCCUAUAUGCUCAAAUGCACUCGGUUCAGUUCAGGUUGGACAAUCUCAUAUUAUAGAAAUACAAAUACGCUAUCAAAAAUCUCAUAAAGAAAUGUGACAAAUUCAUCUUAGCGAGCGUAUGGAUCAUAUGCCCCAUUCAAUUAGCCCAGGCGCCCAGUGAUCGGAGUGAUUUCCUUACAUCGGGAAGUUCUUACGUUCCUGAUACCGGAGUAGAAUACUAUUGAUCAUUCUCAAUGGCCCAGCCCAAUAGAGAUAGAAAUCAUUUCUCUAAUUUCUUGAUCGAUAAAAAAGGGCAUAACUCAUAACUAAACUAAUUGUGUUGCCCAUGAAGGGUAGUCAGUAGCAACGGAUGCACUACACUUGUACUUAUACUUUGAGCGCACUAGCCUUUAGCGGCGUUGCGCGUUAGGACGACUACGAAAUCCGUUUUCUUUUGCAUCCGCUUUCUUUGCUUCCUCCGUUCCCGGCUUAUUCUUCAACUCAGCACCUGUCUUUUGGGUUGAGCACUAGCACCUGGCACUUCUACCACUGAUCCCAUUCACUCAACAGAUUUCUUCUUUGACAAGCCAGGAUUGGACUGUACGAAUUGGGUGGGCACUUGGCUAAUGGAUGUUGCGAGAAUAGAACGAAUCCCUCUUCUCUGAAUUGGCGGAUCUGAGAUUCCUUCCUCCUGGAGAAUAGAGAUCUUGACUAUCUUUACUUGAAAGCCCUCUCUACUACCAGUUUGAGCACUGGCCUAUUUGCUUGCCGGGAUAUGAGAACAGAACCUUGGUUCAUAGCAGCUAGUUUCUCGUGUGGAUGGAUACGGUUUCAUUCUGACCUUUGUUGACUUCGGGCAAGGGAAAGUCAUGGGAUCUAUCUAGUUCAUAAACUGCCAGUGCUUUUGCUUUCUACGAGGCAAGUCAAGUCAAUCAAAGGCAAGGGACCAAACCCCACCGCUAGUCUAGGCAAGGCUAUGAAAUGAACUUAUAGAGAUGAUUCGCUCGUACAAAAGAAAAGGAGAUCGUUUACCGGGGGACGUUGUUAAAGCGUAUGCCGAAAGAUACAAAACUUCGAAAAUAGUGGCAGUUGGCGUGAGGGUCUAUAGUAUAGUAUAGUAUAGUUUGGGUCUCAAAAAUGAAUGUGACGUUCGCCUACUUUCCGUAGAGGAGGGCAAGAAAUUCGAAAUUACAAGUUGAUCUACCCAAGAAAUUGAACGAUCUCAAUCAGCUUAUCGAGCCAAGGAAGUGGGACCUAAAACUAGGUAAGGAGAGAACUUGACCACCCCUCCCCAACUACAUAACCAAGAGGAAGGGGGAAAAACUCCUCGAAAACCUUCCGUCUUCUUCGUUGGGGAUCUCGAAACCCUACCCUAUGAAUUUUGUUCUGAUGAGGUGAAAUCACAAGUCGCGUAUGCGGGAGGCUUACCAACCUAUGAACCAGAAUCGGAUCCGAACCGGAACAAACGAGUGCUUUCAUUCCUCGCUAGAUAACAACAGAUUCUACCACUGAUCCCAAUCCCAAGUCCGGAUUCUACCACUGAUCCCAAGCCCGGAUUCCACUACCUAUCAAUGUGUCAGUUCACUAAAGCAAAUCGUCUUUCCAAGGUGGGCAAUGACAUUCAAAAGUGAUAGAACGGCUGAUGUUGCCUCAAAAACACGGGUUCUUGAGCGUAUUUUAGAAAGACUUCUGGCUUCUUUGGGUUGGGCAUGAUAACAACCGACUUGUUCACACCUGUAUGAGACCAAGGGACCGAUGUACCCAACAUCCUAUUCUUUCUUUUCCACGGCUUUGCUUUGACUCAUGCGUAGAAUUGAACAGAACAGGGAUCAAUCCUGGCCUGGCCUGGCCUUUGCGGCCGAUAUGAGUGAUAUCUUCCGUACUAGAGGGAUGGAAGCGGCACCCUUAUAUAGACUUCCCUAGACUCUACUCUCUUUUCUUUACCAGCGAGUUCGAGUCAGCACACGUCCACGCAACCACUACUCUACUUACCGGCGCACGCAACCACUACUUAAAAUCUCAAUCCCAGUCCCAUCCGUUCUAUAAGCACUCAUGCCGGAACUCACUUCGAAGAAGACAAUGUUGCCGAUGAUAAAAGAGAUGGCAGCACAACUUCUAUUUUUUAUGCUAUGCAAAUCUCUAUGGAUUCCCUUGGCUCACACUUUUAUUCAUCUAAUCUACGAGAACACUAGCGUGCCGCAGUAGACGAAGAAGGGAGUGCCACUAUUGCUUGGGUCGGUUCAUCAAGCUGGCACUUCUCCUGAAGCCACAAGCGAACCAGAUCUAGUUAGAUCCGAAAUCUUAGGUGUAGGUCCCGAUCCGUUCUUUUAUUCUACACAUUAUUACUCAUUGGGUAUCGAUUGCAGUUUGAUUUGUUGGCCCUGGAGAACUGCAGUCUUCAACUGGCGCACUGGAAAGUGAGAACUCUUUCUUUCCUUUUGAUUGAACUCUACAAUACGAUUUCGGAGAUUGGUACCAGAUUGGAAUUCAUUCUCGGAACUCUCCUCUAGAGAAUGGCCUGGCUAAAGAGAAAGAUCUGAUCUGUAUUGUAUCCCGGCACCGGCACGAAUCGAACAAGAGUGCAGCGCGUUGAUCUUAUGAUAUGCGCCAGGAAAUAGUGCCACUGGCAGCCACUAGGUGAGAUCAAAUCUACUUUUGGAAUUGUAAAUCCAUUCUCCCGAGGCAAAAUCGGGUGAUGAAGAGGUGGUCCAGGCCCAGGAACGGAGGAAUGCUACACGAACAGAAGUUUGCACUUUCUUAGGAAUGGCUCCCAAGCUUGCCAUACGAUUCACAACUUUCGCCCAAAUAACCAGCUUGCUCUAGAAAUAAUAUUGAAUUUAAUAAAGCUACUUCCUAGCUUUGGGUCAAGGUAACCCACACAGGUAGUUGUAGAAGCACGGGGUGGGUCAUCAUUAGGCCUAUAUCCUCUGGCACAUGCUUUAGGGCUCCCGCGGGUCCAUCCUCUGCAAAGUAAACAGCAUCUCGAUUCCCCGAAUUAAAGAGUGACUGGUUCCCAGCUUGGGAAGAGGUCCAGAAUUAGUACUAGAGAUGUUGGCAGGGGAAGCCCAUAUCCAUCCCUCGCCUCGAAAAGGGCUUAAGAGCUCCAUACCUUUUGGGUAUAGAUCAAACAAAAUAGGGGUAUGGGCCAUGGGUCGACUCGGGUAAGCGAUUGGGACAUCCCUCGAAAGAGGCGAACUGCUCUCGUUUCCAUAUCCGCUUAGCAGUUGCGUGUUGUUGCGCGGGAUCAUAUGCGGGGAAGGGUCCGAAUAAGACGAUGGCAGCUCCAGAACAUAAAAAACAAGGCUUUUCCAGGGGCCUCUCCUUGGGGAGCACGGCAUCAACUCCCUGGUGGCAUUUCAUUUGAUUAAAUAUUAAAUAAAUAAAUAAGUGUGUGUUGUCCACUGCCUCCAAUUCCUUAAGAGUAAGAGCCAGGGUUCAUUGGAUCUCGCUACACCCCUUCUCUUUGUUUAGGCAUUCCGCGCCAUCUACCGCUAUGAAUGGCACCUUUGUCCCUAGAUUUCUAUCACAGUUCUGUAUAUCCGGUUCGGGAUGGAAAGGCAAGGAUGGCACCCUAAUCCCAAACUAUCCCUCGAAAGAUUGGAUCUUUUCGGUCUGUUUAUAGUUUCAAUGCCAUCUUCCUAUUGGUAUUUCGAUUGAGCUGAGCUAUUAAGGUGCGGUUGACGGCACAAGUGCCCCUCCACUGCCGCUUUCUUUAGGAGAAUGGGACAACUCCGUACCGCCCCGCGCCCCUUCCCCUUUCAAGAGGUUGUAUUGGUGCAUCAGCGAUCGCCACUUCCGUUUCAUAUAGCAGCAAAAGUUGACAAGUCCUUUUUCCCUCUAUGGAUGGAAAAGAAGAAAGUGCGUUUCAGAAAAGUGGCCUUUUUUCUGAUUUCUAGUAGGGAUGCCUUGCCGGAAGGUGCCGGAGGAGAAUAGAUAGUUGGGGCAGGCUAUCGAGGUCAAAUAGCUGGUAGUACUUUUCCCAUUUCCCACUAGGGAAUCAUCCUUUUCUGAUUCGGAUGAGUUUCCGAGGAAGAGUAGUAGUAGUGACGAAUUGGCUAAAAGCAGGUGGCAUUGGGAUCUGUUGUCAAACAAACUCUAUUGCUGAUACACGAGCGGAAGGAAGUCGCAGAUCAGUCGUUCAAAGAAGAUCUCGGUCCCCCUUUUUUUAGCGUGGAAUAGGCGAAUCAACAAAGAAUUUCUCAACAAAUAAGGGACUCGUACGUACCAAUGAUUUACUAUCGAGAUCGAGUUUCGCUAGAAAACAGACUUUUCUCUAUUCCACAAGGACAAAAGAAGUGCCGAGUGGUGUUACACAAGUUCAAAAGAAGGAAGUAAGAGUGGUGUCGACUUAUUGCCCAGAACGAGCCAGUGCCGCUAUCAAGCAGUAAAGUGGCCGGGCCCUUCCAUGAGUUUAGAUCUCUAUGUAUGAAUCUCUUAUGAAAUCCAAUACUUUUUAUCAUUUCAGAACGAUCAGCAUACUGUGUGACUUCUGCGUGACAGUUCUUGCAUUUCGUUUGUUGCUUUGCAUGAACAUUUAGAUAUUGGAAAGCGAACUCCCUUAAUUAGGAAUUUCAUAGAUAGAGAAGGACGGGAAAAAAGAGAGAGACUGACUAACUACCCGGAUCAAUGCUGAUUGACGACUGAAUAAAUAGCCGGAAGCAACAACUGCACGAGAGAGAAAGAGCGGAUCCAACUAAGGAAAUGCAGUACCUGUUCUGUCGGAGCUAAUCAUGCAAAGCUAGCGUAGCGCCAGCCGUCGAAGUGAAUGAAUUCGAAAGAACGAAGAAAUAAGGAAAUGAGACGACUCUUUCUUGAACAAUUUCAUAAGCAGAUCUUCCCCUCCACACCAAUCACGAGUUUUUUUUUUUCCUCUCGUAUAUCGUCGUCACGCCCUUAAUGAUAGGUUUUGAAAAAGAUUUUUCAUGUCAUUCCCAUUUAGGUUCGAUUCGGAUCUCUCUGUUGUUUCCCUUUCCUCCCGAACCUUUUCCUCGAAAUGAUAAAGAAUCUGGUACACUCGAAUUGUAUUAUUUAAGUGCUUAUUGCUUGCCAAAAAUCCUACUUCUACAAUUGGUAGGUCACCGGGUUAUUCAAAUAAGUCGUGUUUUCUGUGCUUUUCCCAUGUUACAACUUCCGUACCAAUUCGAUCGAUCCGGAAUGGAUCGGUUAAACAUUCUAUUAGGGAGCCCGGUCUUGACUCUUCUGUGUGGUAUUCAUUCUCGUUCGGCUCUUGGAGUCACAUCCAGCAGUGGUUGGAACAGCUCGCAAAAUCCAACCACUUCACCUACUUUAUUGCCCCCAACCGUUUCCCGUACCUCUAUAGAAACAGAAGGGUUUCAUGUUCUUUCAUCGAUUGGGUAUUCCUCUCCUUUUGUAUCUCUUUAUCCAAUUUCGGUCUCGAUUAGUUCACAAGAUUGAAUGGCCAAGUCAUGGAAAAGCCGUUAUUCGAUUGUUUUAAAAGAAUGUGUUGAGCCGGGCCCGGGUAUGUAAGUUCAGCGAUGUACAAACAAGGAUUGAUUUGACUUCCGCACCUAGGGUUCUAUUUUUUAAGAAUAAGGAAGAGGAAUAGAAUCUCAUUCAUGUGUUCAUGCUAACAGAAGAGCGGAUCCAAUACACAUACAUAAGGCAUCGGUUGUUCUUAACAGCGAUGGCUAUUCAUUUAAGUCUUCGGGUAGCACCACCAGAUCUUCAACAAGGUGGAAAUUCUCGUAUAGUAUAAUAUAAUAGUAGUAGACGGCAGUAGAUCCUACAACGGUACUUCCGUGGAGAUACGAUCCUACAACGACUAUUUCCUUGCAAAGCAAUUCAAACAGUACCGGUACUCCUAAGCCAUGAAACCAAUGCUAAGGGAAAGACUUCUGCUCGCUGGAUCAAAGAAAAGGUAAUAUCCUCGGGAAAGGCUAAGCACAUUCGAAGACUGGCUUUCGAUUCGUAUCCUCUGAGCAAGGCCUAUUCCGGGGAAACAACUAAACCCUGGGCUGUUUAUGAUGUGAGGCUGAUUCCUAUUCCACAAAAUGGUACGGUUGUUGUAUUCCGAUUAGCGGUGCCCAGGAAAGAACGGGUACUUAACGGCUGCUAUAAACCAUUAUGGAAUUCUGUGUUACCUUCAUUCAAUAUCUUAUAUUAGGUAUAGAAUCGAUCAUAGUUCCCCCACGACCAAGAGAAGUGGCUUAUCUAUUGAAUAAUAGAUCUCGUAAAUCAAAUAGGUUAUGACAAGAGAGGGUUCCUACACUCGUUCUAAUGGAACGUGGGGAUCAAAGCAAGAGUCAAAGUCACAGAUCAGGAUGGACAUAGUACCAAUUCUGUUAAGCCACAACCAACUAUCUUAUCAACCCAAAGCUGCAAGAAGAGAAGUUAAGUUGUUGACCAGGUUCAAAUAGCCCAGUUUCAAAUAGUGCCGUAUUGAAUGCGCAAAGUGCUGCUCAGCCUAGCCUAAUAGAGGAGAGGAUGGAUCCGACCUCUAGCUCUUUACUUUUACUGCCUGUGCAGCUAAGGAAAGACAACUACACUUCCAAGUCCUAAGAGAAUACUAGUAUACGAUCUGUUAUAUAAAUAGGUAAAUGUUCCUUUCCAUUAUGAAUCGCGAUUGUAUGGCCAACCAUUGCGGGUAGAAUGCUAGAUGCCCGGGACCACGUUACUAUUAUUUAUUUCUUUCUCCUCCUUCAUAUUGACCUUUUCUAUUUUUGCCAAUAAAUGACGAGCUACAAAAGGAUUCGUUUUUUUUGCUGAUUACUCCUUUUUUUCAUUUUAAAGAGUGGCAUCCUAUGUCCACUAUCUCGAUCGAGGUAUGGAGGUCAGAAUAAAUAGAAUAAUAAUGAAUGGAAAAAAGAGAAAAUCCUUUAGCUGGAUAAGGGGCGGAUGUAGCCAAGUGGAUCAAGGCAGUGGAUUGUGAAUCCACCAUGCGCGGGUUCAAUUCCCGUCGUUCGCCCAUCGCAUUAUUGCAAAUUCCAAAAAUGCAAUUUUCCAUAUUCCUAGUUACGUAUUUACUUACCUUACGGCGACGAAGAAUAAAACUAUCACUAUAUUUUUUCCUUUUCCUAGUUCUUCUUCCAAGCGCAGGAUAACCCCAAGGGGUUGUGGGUUUUUUUCUACCAAUGGGGGCUUUCCCUUCACCACCCCCAUGGGGGUGGUCCACAGGGUUCAUAACUACCCCUCUUACUACGGGGCGUUUACCUAGCCAACACUUAGAUCCGGCUCUACCCAAACUUUUUUGGUUCACCCCAACAUUACCCACUUGUCCGACUGUUGCUAAGCAGUUUUGGGAUACCAAACGGACCUCCCCAGAUGGUAAUCUUAAAGUGGCCAAUUUACCCUCUUUUGCAAUCAGUUUCGCUACAGCACCUGCUGCUCUAGCUAAUUGCCCACCCCUUCCACGUGUGAUUUCUAUGUUAUGUAUGGCCGUGCCUAAGGGCAUAUCGGUUGAAGUAGAUUCUUCUUUUUUCUCAAAAAACCCCUUCCCAAACUGUACAAGCUUCUUCCAAAGCAUACGGCUUUCUAGAUGUAUAUGACGAUCUCUAGACAGAUGGAUCUUAUAUGAAUCGUAUGAUGAAGUACCACAUGAGUGGAUAUAUAGAAAAGGAAUCCAAAUCCGCCGAAUCGCUCAUGUUAUGAUCUUCUACAUCCUAGGUCUCCGCGUUCCGUCAUCUGGCUUAUGUUCUUCAUGUAGCAUUCAGAUCGAAUGACUCUAUGAAAUUACGUCGAUACUUCCACAUAUUAUGGGUAACGUAGGAGACAUCCCUAUUUUCACCCGGGGGUCUUAAUUACCACUGCUUAGCUUCGCCUCUGACCAUAAAAUGAAAUGUGAAUAACCCGUCCUCCUCUCUUUGAAACAAGGGGCGCUUCCGGUUCUGUGCGUGCUUCAAACAAUUUUGUCUUCUCCAUAUCUCUAGAGUCAAGAAUUUUCUAUGAGGAACUACUGAACUCAAUCACUUGCUGCCGUUACUCAACAGUUUUCUGUUGAGGUCUAUCCCGUAGAGGUAGUCAAAUUGGAUCAGUGAUCGAUUUCUAGGUUUCGUCGUAAACCUAAUUGGUUACUUCCAAUUACGUAAAUCAAUAGUUCAAACCGCACUCAAAGGUAGGGCAUUUCCCAUUGAUAUAGGAACUUUUGUACCAGAAACAAUAGUAUCUCCAACCCUCUGGGAUGUAAAAUAUAUCUCUGCUCACCAUCCCCCCAGAAAUAGUGUAUGAGACAAAUGUAUGCAUUUCGAUUAGGGUCGUAUUCUAUGGUUACGAUUCUACUCUACCAGAUAUGUCUUUUUGAUUCCGUCGAAAAUAGAUUUUACGGUAUAGGCGCGCCUCCCCCUCUAUGCCUUGCGGUAAUGAUUCCUCUGGCAUUACGACCUUUACCACAACGGUGCCGUCCAUGGAUCAAUUUAUUUCGUGGAUUGGAUUUCACUUGCCUGUCUACGGUUCCCUUGCGUGUGCUCGGGAUAGGUGUUUUGUAUAAAUGUUUCGCCGUAUUAUUAAGUAUUCUCCUUGAGUUCGUUUCUCUAUCUAGAAGUGGAAUAGAAUAACCCGGUUGAAGGGUAAUGAUCAUACGUCUGUAAUGCAUUGUAUGUCCCAGAAUAGGUCCCAUUCUUCUACCCUUUCCGGGUAGUCGAUGGCUAUUCACAGCUACUACCUUAACACCAAAGAAGAGUUCGACCCAAUGCUUGAUUUCUGUCUUAGUGAAUCCCGAUUCGACAUUAAAAGUAUAUUGAUUCUUUCCCAAUAAACGAAGACUCUUUUCUGUAAAUACUGCGUAUUUGAUUCCAUUAUCGUACGAUAAUACUAUAUUUUUAUUUAUAUUUGUUUAUUGUAUUAUACCUUUCUAUAUUCUAGAUAUAUAGAAUAGAAGAAUCUCGAUUUGUCAAGUCUCAUGAUCGUAUCAAGAUCUAUUUCAAUUCGGCUCAGUCUUUUUUUUUUAGAAAAGAUUGAGCCGAAUUGAAUUGCAAUCAAUUAGAGGAAUAAAGAAGAAUUACUGCAUUUCUUAACUUAUUUUUUCUCUUUCUAUUUUGCUUCUUUUUUAUUUUAUAUGGUAUCCAUCGCUUUGAAACCAUCAAAUUGGAUCUCCUUCCAUAUUUCACAAGCUGCGGCUAGUUCAGCACUCCAUUUGCAAGCUGCUUUGAUAAUUUCAUUACCUUCACGAGCAAGAUCGCGCCCUUCGUUACGAGCUUGUACACAGGCUUCUAAAGCCACACGAUUAGCUGCUGCACCAGGUGCAUUUCCCCAAGGAUGUCCUAAAGUUCCUCCACCAAAUUGUAAUACGGAAUCAUCUCCAAAGAUUUCGGUCAGAGCUGGCAUAUGCCAAACAUGAAUACCCCCAGAAGCCACCGGUAUAACACCUGGCAUGGAUACCCAGUCCUGAGUGAAAAAGAUACCGCGAUAACGAUCUUUUUCAAUAAAAUCAUCGCGCAAUAAAUCAACAAAACCUAAAGUUAUUUCGCGUUCCCCUUCUAACUUACCUACUACUGUACCGGAGUGGAUAUGAUCUCCCCCCGACAUACGCAAUGCUUUAGCUAAUACACGGAAAUGCAUACCAUGAUUUUUCUGUCUAUCAAUAACUGCAUGCAUUGCUCGGUGAAUGUGAAGAAGUAGGCCGUUGUCGCGGCAAUAAUGAGACAAAGUAGUAUUUGCGACCUCCUGUUAAGUAGUCAUGCAUUACAAUAGGAACCCCUAAUUCCCUUGCAAAUACAGCUCUCUUAAUCAUUUAUUCGCAUGUACCUGCAGUCGCAUUCAAGUAAUGCCCCUUGAUUUCACCGGUUUCGGCUUGUGCUUUAUAAAUUGCUUCGGCACAAAAGACAAAACGGUCUCUCCAGCGCAUAAAUGGUUGUGAGUUUACGUUUUCAUCAUCUUUGGUAAAAUCAAGUCCACCGCGUAGACACUCAUAACACGCUCUACCGUAAUUUUUUGCGGAUAAUCCGUUUAAUAGUACAUCCCAAUAAAGGACGACCGUACUUGUUCAACUUAUCCCUUUCAACUUGGAUACCGUGAGGCGGACCUUGGAAAGUUUUUGAAUAAGCAGGGGGAAUUCGUAGAUCCUCCAAACGUAGAGCGCGUAAGGCUUUGAAACCAAAUACGUUACCCACAAUGGAAGUAAACAUGUUAGUAACAGAACCCUCUUCAAAUAGGUCUAAUGGAUAAGCUACAUAACAGAUAUAUUGAUCUGGGUCCCCAGGAACGGGCUCGAUGUGAUAGCAUCGUCCUUUGUAACGAUCAAGACUGGUAAGUCCAUCAGUCCAAACAGUUGUCCAUGUACCAGUAGAAGAUUCCGCAGCUACUGCAGCUCCUGCUUCUUCAGGCGCCCGAGCUGAGGAGUUACUCGGAAUGCUUGCUGCCAAGAUAUCAGUAUCCUUGGUUUCGUACUCCGGGGUGUAGUAAGUCAAUUUAUAAUCCUUAACACCAGCUUUAAAUCCAACACUUGCUUUAGUUUCUGUUUGUGGUGACAUAAGUCCCUCCCUACAACUCAUGAAUUAAGAAUUCUCACAACGACAGGGUCUACUCGAUAUGGAUUAGGCGUAAAUGAAACCUUUGCAAAAAUC